GUAUGACUUUAUUGACUGAUUGCAGUGCAUUAGCUAAUACCACAAAAAAGCCAAAACUUGAGCAUAUAAAAGCGAAUUGAAUGAACAGCCGAAUAGUGUCUCAGUCCGUGACUUUCAAUCAACAUGGUACCGCGAAAUAUCGUGUGCUUUUUCGUGCUUGCCGUGCUCGGUGUGUGCCUGGUGGAAAUCCAAUCCAGGGAAAUAUCCAGGGACGGUUUCGACUUGGAAACGGCCGAGUCGGGUCACAAGCACUCGUGGAAGAAAGGAGGUGGUAAAGAGCAUCAUUCGGAUCAUCACUCUGAGCACGGUGAUAAAGGGGAGAAAGGUUACAAGGGUCACCAUCACCAUGAAAAGGGGGAAAAAGGCCACCACGACAAAGAGGGACAUAAGAAACACUACGAGGAACAUGGUGGACACAAAAAGUCCCACCACCACGACGAUGGCUACUAUGGUGAACACCACAAAGGAGAGAAAGGGGAAAAAGGACACAAAUACGAGGAACAUGGGUCGUACAAAAAGGGACACAGCACCAAAGGUGGUCAUGACGUGCACAAAUUGGACGAGUUCAAAAAAGACAAACACUUCUUCGACGAAGACCACGAUUCUGGUUACCAUGAACAUCAUGGAGGAUUCCAUCACGAGUCUGGUUACAAAAAGGGAGGACACGAAAAGGGAGGUCACAAGAAGGGUGGACACCAUGAAGACCAUUAUGGAAAGAAGGGACACAAAGAGGAGGGCGGUCAUUACCACGAAGACAAGGGACACAAACAUGCUGGAGGGCAUGAUGAACAUUGGCAUCAUGGUUCUGAAUAUGGCAAGAAAGGUGGUCAUGAAGGACACAAGAAAUGGGGAUUCAAGAAGGGAGGUCAUUAAGUUAAUUGUUGCUGUAUGUGUU